ACUGCUGAGUAACAAAUUCUGAGAAUCUCGAAAAUAGAUUACCUCGGAAAUAGCAGCUUGAAAUUAAUGGAGGAUCAAAAAAACCAUGCAGCGGAAGAAAAUCCCGCGCUCGACACAAUUGCAAGGUCUAGCGGGAAAAAUACGGUUCCCCAGAUCGAAAAAGAAAAUGACAACAGUUCUGGGCUUUGUUCUACGCAAUCAGAGCAGUUCUCAGGAAGUGUUUCUUGCAAUAUAGUGGAGCUCAGUAGUGAUGAUGAAGUGCAAAUCAUCGAUGUGAAAAGGAAAUCACCCGAGAAAAAUCUGCAAGCAGAUGAUCGAUGUACUUCUGGAAGGAUAAGUCCGAAAGAUACAACAUGUUCGGUUUGUCUCAGUGAAUAUGACAACAAAGCUUUUCUUGAUAAGUGUUUUCAUGCUUUCUGUUACUUCUGUAUUUUACAAUGGUCAGAAAUAGUAAGGACCUGCCCUCUGUGCAAAUCAAGCUUUACAUCAAUUAUUCACAGUGUGAAAUCUAUGGACAAUUACCAGCAGCAUUUUCUCUCCAAACCUGAUCCACAUGUGCUAACCACUCAGCAACGAUCUCAAAGUGAUGGAAGACGUUUCCGCUAUAGAACAACAGUAACUGAAGGACACAGACAACAGCAACAGCAACACGCCAGAAUUUUUCCGUGCUAAUCCUGCUUGCACCCACCGACUGAUUCCAUGGCUUACAAGAGAUUUAAGGGUGUUGUUGAAUGAUAUGGAGAGUCAUGUCAGUUUUGUCCUUCAGAUUAUUUUGUCUCUGAUUAACAAGGUUGAGCUUAGUUCUGAAGAGUUUUCUCGUCAACUACAGCCCUUCCUAUUUGAACAAACAGACCAUUUUAUCCAUGAGUUCGUGGGCUUUGCUCGUUCGCCCUUUGACAUGACUGCUUAUGAUGAGCGUGCGCAGUACAACUGGCAAAACGACACAGGUCAGGAACUCAGAGAUACGCCGACUGUGUUCCACAGUCAAACAUCAGGCUGGCAAACACCCGUUCCGGGUCCCUCGGGCGAAAGUCUGUCGCUAACAGACUGGAGAGGAGAUUCUCCUGCGUUGCAAACUGAAAACAACAGCUGGUCUCCAAGCUCAUCACCAGGCACAUCCGGACUAAAUGGUCGAGCUGGUUUGGAAACGGCUGUGACCAUCUUUUCAUCGAACUCGUCAGCUACUUCGCACACAACUCAAGUAGACGUUGAACUCACAAUAAAUGACGAAGCAUCCAACACGGUGUCUCAUUCUAACGGCCAUAGAAACAGGAAAAGAUCUUCUAAGAAAACUGUAGUAGAGGUGACACCAGUGGUACCGGAGAAGAAGAAGCAUCAACACCAUCAUUAUCAUCGCCAUUCACACAAACACAAACAUAAACACAAACAUAAAAGGAAAGAGCCUAAAAGAUCUAACGACAAAAGUAAUAGAAGCAAGCUUUUUGGUGAUACUAAUACCGUUGAAUGGGGCUCAGCUCCGUCUUUUUCUACACGUCCUUCUGUUUAUUCCUCGGAAUUUUGUUCACCUCCACCAGAGUUUAUCGUUGUCAGCAGUGAUACUUCUGCCUCUCCGGUAACUCCCACUGUUCGGCCAGGAUCAGCGUGCAACAACCCGACGCAGUUUCAGCGAAGGAAGGGAGGGUCUAGAUCGCACUCAAACUCUGGAUCACGACCGCUGUCUCAAAGAAAGGGAGGUUUUCAAGAAGACAAACGUUUGCGAAGGCAAUCUGGUCAUGUUAAACCGCGCUCAAGGGAUCGCUCACUUUCGGUAGAAGAGCGUGUGAUUAAAGAACAUCAUCGAGGGCGAUCGAAUACUAGCGAAAAACGGUUGAAAGCCGAUAGUGAACGCUUAUCUCCGUCUAGAAAAUCUGGUAAACACCGUCGAGAAAAGAUGAGAAAGUCCUCUUUACGCCCAUCCCAUAGUUACUGUCAAAGAACAAAGCGCGGCGAGAAAAUUCAAAAUAGACGAACGAAGGAAUAUGCUCGAUCUCGUUCAAGUUCGGAGUCUACCUCUCGAAAUUCCAGAUCACGACACUCACGAUCACAGAAAUCAAGGACAAGAAACUCACGAUCACGGGAACCACGAUCUAGAUCGAGAGGUCCGCAGUCAAGUAAAUCAGAAUCACGGGAAUCAAGAACGCGAAAUUCACAUUCCCGUUCACGAGACUCACAAGACUCACAAGACUCACGGUCUCAUUCACAAUCAAGACACUUCUCACGAGAAUACACGUCUCUCUUAUCGCGAAGGCACCACAGCGAUUCCCGUUCGCGGCGCUCUUCUAUAUCAUCGGCGAAAUCUGAACCCAGCGUAAGGGAAUUAGCUCCUAAUAGUAAUGAAGAUGCUCUUAAGAAGGAAAUUGUAGAUUUGGAAAGUCGCAUAGUGGCUGACAAGAAGCGACUUCUAAGGCUUCUUAUGAAAAAGGAACAAGCGGAAGCGGUAUAACCAUGACAACAAACUGAGAAUCAUUGACGAAAUAUAGCGAAUGGUUUGUCCAGGAAGUAAGGUUUUAAUUUGUAAGUGUUUAUCGAGAUGACAUACAUGUAAUUUUGGGUGGUAAAAAGGAAUGUUUUGAUUUAUUACAUUACUCGCAGCGCCCGUGGACAAGGUGAAGUGAAUCCUGUCUUUUGAUUGGCUACCCGAACGGGCAAGGUGGGCCCAUCUUACCCGCUUGGGAUUACCCGCAUUAAUCCCGCGCAUGAAAAAAUAAAUAAAUAAAUAGAAUUAGAACUUCUUUCGUAAUUCUUGGACAAUUUCGGCGAUGGAAAUGCAAGAAUCGGUAGAAGAUAGUCAAAACAAAGAACACAGAAACGGCCCUUUUCUGAGUUUGUUGUGCUACAAACACAGUUAGCUUUAUUUCCCGGCUGCUCUCGAAGUAAACAAUUCAUUCUUAAUUCUUAAGAAAGCGAGAUCUUCUUGCAAGACAAGUAAUCCUCUAUUAACCCAGCUUGUUCGCUCAAGAUGGCUGGAUAAUAGCCUCGUUCUUUUUUUCACAUUUUUAUUGACCUCGACUUCAUCUCG